UUAGGAGACUUCAAACAGGAUUACUGACACAAAGAUCGUGGACUGAAACAGGCAACUUCAGAUUUGAGCAGAAUACAUCAAGGCUACUACGUGAGAUAACAAAAGAUAAAGAGAAGAUGAGUUGCUUCAAAUUUUUGAAGAUGAUGAUGUUCUGCUGCAAUUGUAUCGUCUUUCUCGGAGGCAGUGCUAUAUUGGGAGUUGGAGUCUGGGUGAAAGUGGAUGGUGGCUCCUUCCUUGAUAUCUUGGCAAAACUAGCACCACAGCUGAAGCAAUUGGUGAAUGUGGGGUAUCUCUGCAUCGCCAUAGGGGCCUUCUUAGUACUGAUUGGUUUCCUGGGUUGCUACGGAGCUGUGAAGGAGAACAAGUGCAUGUUGAUGAUAUUUUUCAUCAUAGUACUACUGAUCUUCAUAGCUCAGAUUGCGGGUGCUGUGGUUAUCCUUGCAUUCUCUGGCUUGGCUGACAUUUUUAUUACUUACAUUCGGAUCUGGGCAGUGAAAUCGAUCAAAGAUGAAUAUGGCGACAGUUCAGACAUAACUACACUAUGGGAUACAGUGAUGAAUGAGUUCAAGUGUUGUGGAUUCAAUGACUUUGAUGAUUUUACAAACUCACCUUUCUACAAUAAUUCAUUAAAUAAGUAUCCCAAGCAUUGCUGCAAAUCUCAAUCGAAUUGUUUUGGUGGUGACAUUAAUCAUUCUGUGAUGGGUUGCUACAACUCACUUCUUGACUUUCUGAAGACCAACACCAAGAUUCUUGGUAUCGUGGCUUUGGGAAUUUGUGUGCUGGAGUUUCAAUGCUGUGGGUUAAACAAUUACACAGAUUUUAUACAAUCAUCCUAUCACAAACUAAAAGGACGCCUAUACCCUAAGAGUUGUUGUCAUGACCCUAGUUCUCCUCACUGUGAUGGUUUUGACACAUCAGAUGCAACUAUCUAUCCAAAGGGCUGUUUCAAUGCUGUAAUCACAAUGAUCAAAAAGAACAGUGCUGUUAUUAGUGGUGUUGCUGUUGGAAUUGCUAUAAUAGAGAUGUUAGCUAUGGUCAUUUCACUGACAUUAUUCAUCAACCUUUUCCGGAUCACAUAG